CAUCCUUGUCUGACUGUAAACGAAAGUCAUAAAAAAAUGUGAGAGGUGAAACGAAAGUGAAACAUCGGACACAACUUUAUGCAAAAGUUCCUCCCUACGCCUGAAGUUUCUUAUAAAAAGAAGAGCGAACUCACAGCCGUCACUCUCGGAGGAACCCAGAGAAAGAUUUCCUUCCUGUGUUAUAUCCUUCUGAAGUCUUCACACUAAUAAACCACCAACAUGAGCAGGUACCAGUGGGCUGAAGAUGACUUCGUCCUGCCUCCUGGGGUAGUUCGACUGGGCGCCUCUCAGCCAGUUAAUGGUCAAACGUAUGUCAUGUACCACGGCACCACCAGGCAGACCGCUAAGUCUAUCCAGGCCUCCGGAUUUCGCCCAUCUGAAGACGGGAUGCUCGGCCGCGGCGUCUACCUCAGCAGAGACCUGGAGAAAGCCAGCCGCUAUCCCCUCGACUGCCCAGAGUCUGACAGGGCCGUCGUCAGGGUUAAGGUCAACGUGGGGAAAGUGAAAGCCAUCGAUCGUCAACGCCACCCACUUCAGAAGACCUGGCAUGACCACGGCUACGACACCGCCUGGGUGCCGCCCAACUGUGGAAUGGUGCCGAGCGGAUUAGAGGAGGAUUGUGUCUGGGAUCCGGAUCGAAUCCAGAUUCUCGGUACAGUCAAGCCACGUCCACUCCAACCCUCCGUUCGACUGGGCGUCUCUAAGCCAGUUAGUGGUCAAACGUAUGUCAUGUACCACGGCACCACCAGGCAGUGCGCUCAGUCCAUCCUGCGCAAAGGAUUUCGCCCAUCUGCAGGCGGGAUGCUCGGCCGCGGCGUCUACCUCAGCAGAGACCUGGAGAAAGCCAGCCGCUACCCCAUCGACUGCCCAGAGUCUGACAGAGUCGUCGUCAGGGUUAAAGUCAACGUGGGGAAAGUGAAAGCCAUCAAACAUCAAGGCCACCCACUUCAGAAGACCUGGCAUGACCACGGCUACGAUACCGCCUGGGUGCCGCCCAACUGUGGAAUGGUGAAGAGCGGAUUGGAGGAGAAUUGUGUCUGGGAUCCCCGUCGAAUCCAGAUCAUCGAUACCAUCAACCCACAACCAGUCGAAGACCUGUACCAGUGGGCUGAAGAUGACUUCGUCCUGCCUCCUGGGGUAGUUCGACUGGGCGCCUCUCAGCCAGUUAAUGGUCAAACGUAUGUCAUGUACCAUGGCACCACCAGGCAGACCGCUAAGUCUAUCCAGGCCUCCGGAUUUCGCCCAUCUGAAGACGGGAUGCUCGGCCGCGGCGUCUACCUCAGCAGAGACCUGGAGAAAGCCAGCCGCUAUCCCCUCGACUGCCCAGAGUCUGACAGGGCCGUCGUCAGGGUUAAGGUCAACGUGGGGAAAGUGAAAGCCAUCGAUCGUCAACGCCACCCACUUCAGAAGACCUGGCAUGACCAGGGCUACGACACCGCCUGGGUGCCGCCCAACUGUGGAAUGGUGCCGAGCGGAUUAGAGGAGGAUUGUGUCUGGGAUCCGGAUCGAAUCCAGAUUCUCGGUACAGUCAAGCCACGUCCACUCCAACCCUCCGGUGGAUGCGGUGCAUACGGCUACAAGUGAGCUCUGCAAGCUGUUUAUUCUGUAUGCUCAAAUGUAUUUUUAUAUAUUUGUAUACAAACUAAACUUACUGUGUGAUUGUAAGUGGGAAAAUAAACGGUUCAUAUUAAA